UCCUCUCCUCCUCCUGAGGAUAUAAAGUCCUCCUCUCCUCCUCCUGAGGAUACAGUGAGGGGCUACAGUGAUGUUACUCACAUAAAGAUCAGAAUCAGAAUUCCUUUAUUAGUCGUCCAAAUGGGGAAGUUUGUGUGUCACAGCAGCCAAAGGACAGUUCAAUAUAGCAAUAAACAAUAAGAACAGUAAAAAAUAAACAACACAAUAAAAAGUUAAGCAGAAGAGUGGAGCAGACAUAGAAAUACAUAAUAUGUAAAAGUGUAAACAGUUCAAAACAGUCUUCCAUCAUUGUGUUUUGUCUCUAUAAUUAAGCUCUUUGUGAUUCCGGUCGUUGUGUGUUUUGGUGACGGACAUUAAUAAAGUUGUGAGUUUGAAAUGACGUUCAGAUGCACCGUGAUGACGUCACAGCGGCUCAUCGUCACCGUGCAGCUGUCAUGAAGACAAACAGGGCGUGGGACCUUUAACUCUCACAACAACGCAGCUCAUUGGUCAGCAGCAUCAGGUGGCCGACAGCCAUCCAAUCACAGGUCUUGAUGUUGACACGUCCGCGCCCUGGUUGCUUGUCCGCAGGAAGAAUCGGCACAGUUUUCUGACUGUCGCUGUGAACAGCAUCAUUAACGGGUUCUUAAUCAGAUUGGAGCCAGACCGAGUCCCUGAACCAGCCGGUUCCGACUCCAGCUGCUGCUGCGGCGGCGACACACUCACGGAGGAGAAGCUAACCGGACAGCGACCCGCUAACGUUAGCCGUUAGCCCGCUGCCCGGUGCCGGUGACCGUCAGAGCUGGUUCUUGUAUGGGUGAGUGACGUGCAGCCAUGACUGCGGAGCUGGACGCCCUGGCUGUGGUCAACCAGCUGAGGGACCUGGCCGCCGACCCCAUGAACCGCAGGGCCAUCGUCCAGGACCAGGGCUGCCUGCCGGGACUCAUCCUGUUCCUGGACCACACCAACCCUCAGGUCGUCUACUCCGCCCUUCUGGCGAUCCGUUACCUGGCAGAAUGUCGAGCCAAUCGGGAGAAGCUGAAGGGCGAGCUGGGGAUGAUGCUGAGCCUCCAGAACGUUGUGCAGAAACCGACCACACCUGGAGAGACCAAGCUGCUGGCGUCGGAGAUCUACGAGCUCCUGCAGGCGUCCAGCAGCGCCGAGUCGGAGCCGCCCGAGGAGGCCGUCAGCAGCCGCCGUAAAGCUCAGUUCUUCCUGGGCUCCAGCAACAAGAGAGCCAAGACCGUCAUCCUGCACAUCGACGGGCUGGACGACCCGAGUCGCAGGAGUUUGUGUGAGGAGGCUCUGCUGAAGAUCAGAGGAGUCAUCAGCUUCACCUUCAUGAUGACCGUCAAGAGAUGUAUCGUCCGGAUCCGAUCGGACCUGAAGGCUGAGGCGCUGGCGUCUGCGAUCGCGUCCACUCAGGUGAUGACGGCUCAGCAGGUGGUGAAAGGAGAGAACGGAGACGAGGUUCUGAUUCCAUUUCCGGAGGAAGGUUCAUUGGAGGUGGAGCAGAACGUGGACCUGCCGGACUACCUGCCAGAGGACGAGAGUCCAUCUCAGGAGCCCGACAAGGCGGUGACCCGGGUGGGAAACGGCCAGGACGGGAACAGCUGGCUGGGAGCUGCCACCAACUUCCUGUCCCGCUCCUUCUACUGGUGACCUGCGAGGCCGCCGCUCCCUCCGGUAAACCUCCCGACGAAUCAGAAUCCACCAGCUGCCACAUCUCACCGCUGUCUGUCUGAGCUGGAGAGGCAGAGAUGAGAGCGAGCCUCCAACAGUGAGCGACAACACGAGGCGUCCGUCACCUUGAUGCUGCUGUCACAGGUGAGACGAGCCGACAGUGGCGUUAGUUUGAAGAGCGACGACGUCCUCACUGAAAACGGGUCCAUCUGUUCAAACCAAAUUGUCUUAACGGACAGGAACGAAGCGAGCAGGACGUCGUGGAACUUUUACCUUUUUAUCUUUGAUUUGACUUUUCUUCCUGCAGUUUGUUUUCGAGGACGAGCAGCAGAGUUCAGCUGUGCCUUCAGAUCCUCACAGACGUCCUGCGUCUCACCGUCAGCUCAGCUAACAGCUGCUUCUAUUAUUGAUUCAGUCAUAACAUCACAAAUCAUGACAAGGGCCCAAAACUCUGAGUGAGUCUCUGUGAUCAAAUACUUCAUUACAUUUAUACAAUCAGCUCAUAAUGACCAGAAACAGAAACGUAAAUCUUCUUAGAUAAAGACUUGUUCUGCAGCUCGUUUAUCACUGAUUUAAAAACCAUCAAACUGUUGAGCCUGAUAACAGAUUUCAAAGAGCCUCAGCCAACCAAUCAGAAACCACUUCCUGUCGUUUCCUCGGGUUCAGUCUGAAGAGCUGUUGGUGUGUAGAGUUAUUCCCACACAGCCGCCGGCAGCUCGAGGAUGUAGUGUUACAUUAAUAAUGUAGCUGCUGCGCUAACAGCUAACUCCUCCGUGGAGUCGAUCACAAAGCUCCUGAAGCUUUUCUCUGUUCUCUCCUCACUGGAGACAUUUCAUUCAGAACAAAACCAGCUCAGUGGCUGUUUCAGAUUUUUGGGAUAUUUGUCAUAAUUUUUGACAGAUUAUGUAAAAACCAAUAAUACCUGUAAUGUUCCUGCUCGUCUGUGUUACUGUGGUCAGAUCGAUGGCUUCCUCCUCGAUCACUGAGCGCACGGUGCUCUACUUCCUGUCAGACUUUUAUUUUCUGUGAUGGUUCCGAGCUCUGAGCUCUCUGGACCGGGUCGUCAUGUUUACACCCACCCGCCUUCGUUCAGCCUCCCUGAGGAUCAGCACUGAGCUGCUGCUUCACGUCAGACAUCCUCGUGUUUUACGGAGCAACGUUACGUGACUUUAUCUUUCUUUUCCUCCCUGCUGGUGAACAGCAGACGGUUGACUGGGAUCAGUUUUGUGAACAUUUUGCACAGUUUGAUUUGAGGUGGAUGUUUGAACAUAGAGUAGAAAUCUGCAUUUGAAUCAUUGGACCAUGCUGGGGAGAAUCCAGCUGUUUGUGGGAACAUUUAGAUGAGCGAGAUCUCAAAAGGUUCUGACAGUAUUUAUGACUGAAACAUUGACGUUGAUUUUCCUCCUGCUGUUCAGUCGCUGUUACCGACAGACACCAGAAACAAUCACAUGUUGAGUGCUGAUCAAUGACAGGACGUCUCCUCCUGAGGUCAGACUACCUUUAUCGACUCUGUACAGAUUGUUCUGUCCUCAUUAGAUGAUGCUCAUUCAGUUUGUGUGUUCAUGUACCUGCCAGGUGUGCUCAUAGCUCCGCCUACUCCACAUGCUGUCCACUCACAUUCUGAGAAGCCUGUUUGUCAGAAGUGAGCGCGACGCAUUCAUCUAAAUACAAUCUUGGCACGAACAGAAGACGACUCUGAUUAUUACGUUUCAUUUGACACAUUAGAUGCUUGUGUGUGUGUGUGUGUGUGUGUGUGUGUGUGUGUGUGUGUGUGUGUCAGUCAGUGGAACAACAUGAAACAUCAACAGAAAACCGGUUCCAGUCCUCGUUAAUCAGAUCCUAAUGUGAUCUGUGGAGGUCUGCAGGUUGCGUCAGAGGUCCAGUGUGCAGAUUUGGACCAGGAUACAGCAGCAGCGCUCGGCUCAGCUUAAAUCUUUGCCCAGUGGCCACAACUCAACCUCAAACGUAUAACAACAUCAGUUAGGACACAUUAUUGAUUUGUGCAGCUUUUAUUUUAGUGAAAAUGUCCUUGGGACAUCACACAGUAAGAGCUAUGGGCAUCACCAGGAGGUAAAUCUGGGAGCUGGGAGCUUAGCUAGGAUGCUAAAAACAUUAAGCCCCUCCCCCUCCACAGUCAGCGUGUAGUUUGUCUGUUCUGGGCUCCUGUAGAAACACUCUGGCUGUGAAAGGCUCAUUAUAAGGAAACUCAAACACCAUUCUUAGUUUCAGCUGGUUAAACACUGAUGAAAACAUCAUAAUGAAGAUUAAACUACAUUUCUGUCAAUAGCUCAAUAAUAGAAACACAUUUUUACAUCAACUGAACCUGAAAACCAGUAAACAACUAUAAUGAUGGUGCUGUCGAUCCACCUGCUGCCUGUCUGAACAGGUCACAACGUAAAGAUGAUAGAUUUUCUUGUGUUGUCGUCUUUACUUCCACCAGGCUGAAAAACAAGAGUAACAGUCAGUGUGUUACACUGGACUCACUGGACACUGCAGCAACUAAAUACUGAGCUUCACACAACCCACAAUGCAACACUGUGCUGAGGUAACAGACUGUAACACAGGACGUGUUUCAGUCUCAUUCAGAAUUCAUAGAACCGUAGUUACAUUGAUAACGUGAAGCUUUCACACUGAAUCCAGCCUCAGGUUUUAUUCUGUAAAUCAAACAUCAAACUUUCGUCUUCUGCUCGUGUCGAUAUUGUAAAAUGUUUCAUGUCAGCAUCGUUACAGUUCACGACACAGUGAAUCAUGUUCGUUACGUCACAGUGAACUCGUUCUCCUGCAUGAACUGAACUCAUUUCUUCUGCUCAGGUUUUCUUCAAGUGGAAUAAUUCAGACUCAAAUGAUUAUUUAUCUCUAUUUAUUGAUGUGAUUUCUGUUGGAGUUAUUCCCUGAAACCUGCCGGCACCGGCCAACGUGAGUGUUGAUCAUCAUCAUCAUCAUCAUCAUCAUCAUCAUCAUCAUCACGGUCAUCAGUGUGCUGCUGUACAAACAGUCUGUUCUGUAACGACGAGAAUAAAAACUGUUCUGAACGAGU